AUGAAAAAAAUUCGUAAAUAUUUAAAUCAAACAAUUAAUGUUAAUAGUAACAAACAAAUUUCUACGUUAUCAACUAAUUCUAUGGGCGGAUAUUCAACCUCACCUGAAUCAUCAAGGUCACCCCCUCCACUUCAUUCAACAAUAUCAACGAAUAGUUGUCAGUCAACAGUAUCAACACCAACUGAAUCAUCAUCAUCGAAUCGUUCAUAUCUUCGUUUAAAUAAAUCCUUAUUUCCAUUGAUUUCGAUAUCAAAUCACUCAACACAACGUUCAUCACCAAAAUCUUCUAGAUCACCACCUUUAAGUGCUGAUUCAACAAAACGUAGUUUUUUUCGUUUUAAUUCAACACCAUCAAAUAGUGGAAAUAAUUUUCUAAAUACAAAUAAUCCUUUAAAUACAAAUUUAACUAUGGGUCAAACAGGUAGUAAUGUUAAACGAAGUCAAAGUGAUAUACAAACAUUUCUUGAUAAAGAAAAAGAAAAAUUUAUGGAAAAAAUGGAAAAUCCUAUUAAACAAAAUGCUCGUUUAGAAGAUUUUGAAUUAAUACGUACAAUUGGUACAGGUUCAUUUGGUCGAGUACUAUUAGUUACACAUCGUACUAGUGCACAUGAAAAAACAGCUUUAAAAAUACUUGAUAAACAAGUUGUUGUUAAAAUGAAACAAGUCGAUCAUACAUUAGCAGAAAAAAGAAUUCUGCAAGCUUUAUCAUGUCCAUUUAUUGUUAAAUUAUUACAUACAUUUAAAGAUAACUCUUAUUUAUAUUUGGGACUUGAAUAUGCACCCGGUGGUGAAAUGUUUACACAUUUACGUGCUUUUGGACGUUAUACAGAAGAUAUGACGAGAUUUUAUGCUGCCCAAAUUGUACUUGCUUUUGAAUAUCUUCAUCAUUUGGGUGUUAUAUAUAGAGAUCUUAAACCCGAAAAUUUACUUUUUUCUGCUGAUGGUUAUUUGAAAAUGACGGAUUUUGGUUUUGCAAAACGUGUUAAAGAUCGAACAUGGACAUUAUGUGGAACACCAGAAUAUCUUGCUCCAGAAAUUAUUCUCAGUCGUGGUUAUAAUAAAGGUGUUGAUUAUUGGGCAUUAGGUGUACUAAUGUAUGAAAUGAGUGCUGGUUAUCCACCAUUUUUUGCUGAUCAACCUAUACAAAUUUAUGAAAAAAUUGUUUCCGGUCGUGUUCGUUUUCCAAAUCAUUUUAAUGUUGAUCUUAAAGAUUUACUUAAAAAUUUACUUCAAGUUGAUUUAACACGUCGUUAUGGUAAUUUAAAAUCUGGUGUACGAGAUAUAAAAGAUCAUCGUUGGUUUAAGGAUACAGAUUUUAUAGCUAUUUAUGAAAAAUCUGUUCCAGCACCAUUUAUGCCACGAACAGAUAGAGAAAAUUAUGAAAUAUAUGAAGAACAACCAAUGACAGUAAGCUCAACAGAACGAUAUCCAAGAGAAUUUGCUGAUUUCUAG